AUGGCAUUGCCCGACUGCCUGCAAUCCCGCCUGGUGCGAACAGGUGGGUUGUGGGCUUCAUCGCGUCUCUUGUGCUGAAGCGAGAAAGGAAAACGCUACUCAGAGCUUUGAGAGCCGAGACGCCCCCAGGGUCGAUUCUCGACCCGAGACGGGACACGCGAAAUGGAAAAAAUUAUCUGCAAGGUCUACCCAAGAAUAUGGUGGCGCUCUAUCAUUCGGGUUCAAGAAAGCACAUGAGCAGGACGUCGCCACCGUCGCGCGUCCGUCGCGUCGACGGCAGCUCCCCCAGGCGGCAGCUCGUCGAGUCUGCUGCAGCUGCAGCGGACGAAGAGCCUGGACGACAUCCCCGAGGUCUCAUCGGAGGAGGCCUCGGAGGUGGACGCCCAGGACAACUGCGGUCCACUGCCUGAGUGGGCAAAGCGAGGUCAGGGAAGGGAAAGCAAAGAGCGAGAGAAAUGGCCUUUCAUGGAUCAUUCCGUCUUUCUUCAUUGUUGCAGACAUCGAGAGCGGCUGCCAUUUGUGCAUCGAUGGCAUGCCAAGGAAACGGCCGAGUGGGUGAAGCGCGGUGAGAAACACGGACACUUAUCACUACGCACGGAAGAAAGACACAGACUAGACUUGGAUGAUUGGCGCACGCAAAGCCGUCUUUUUUCUUUCGACCUGUUCGAUACAGCCAUCAUGAGGAGCAUCGGGCCCUGGCUCGAUGAAGGGGUCGACGAGGAGGCAGGUAAGGAGAGUGAUACUCAUUGACGAUGCGUGUGCUUAUUCAUGGCUGUAUUUCUGUGUUGAUCGGCUCUUGUGUGCUGUGCUGUAUGCAGAGCCGGCCAAGCCCCCGCCAAAGAGCACCGCCACGCCCGCAAGAAUCCUUCUGCCCAACCGCUUCACCAAGGAGGACGACACCAUCGUGUACAAGACGUACCCGGGGAAGAGGAUGACUUGGUGGCAGCGGCUCCGGCGGGCGUUGCGGGUGGGGUGUGUCUCGUGCGGCGCCAGAAAGCCGCCCCGACCUCGGCUCCCCACCGCAACGGUGCCCCAACAGGUCCGCACCACGGACCGCUGCCCGGGUCUUGCCAAGACCCCAUGGUGAUGGGCGGGUGGGAUUGGAUGAAGGGAGGGCUUGUCACGCCUCGACCUCGGGGGUGGACGUGGACGCCCACGACAGGGGCGGUCCACUGCCUGAGUGGGCCAAACGCGGUCAGGAAAGGAAAGGGGGCAGAAAGGGAGAGAUGAAUAGACUUGAUGGUUUCGUCUUUAUCAGACCUCGGGAGCUCAUUCGGCAUCGACGACUUGCCGAGGAGACGGCCGAGUGGGUCAAAAGAGGUGAGAGAGACGGGUAUCUGUCUGUCUGUACACACGAGGAAAGACACAGACUUGGAUGAUUGACGCACGCACAAAGCCGUCUUCUUUGUUUCUACCUGUUCGAUACAGACCUGAUGAGGAGCAGCGGGCCGUGGAUCGAUGAGGGGAUCGACGAGGGAGGUAAGGAGAGUGACACUCACUGGGUGCAUGUGCUUAUUCAUCGCUGUAUGUAUGUGUUGACUGGCUGUGUGCUGUGCUGUAUGUGCUGCAUGCAGAGCCAGCCACGGCCACCACCGACCGACGCGCGUCCGUCGCCUCGACGGCAGCUCCCCCCGGCGGCCGCUCGUCCAGCCUGCUGCACCUGCAGCAGACGGGCAGCCUCGACGACAUCCCCGAGCUCUCAAGGGGGGAGACCUUGGGGAUGGAGGUGGACGACAAGGGCGACCCACUGCCAGAGUGGGCAAUGCGCGGUCAGAGAAGGGAAAGGAGGCAGGGAGGGAGAGAGAUGCGAAAACCUUACAUAAGUGGAUUAUUCCGUCUUUGUUCAUCCUUGCAGACAUCGAGAAGGGCAGCGGCUCAUGGCUCGAUGAUAUGCCCGAGGAGACGGAGGAGUGGGUGAAGCGCGGUGAGAGAUACGGACAUCUGUCUGCACACACGAAAAGAGACACAGACUUGGAUGAUGGAAGCAUGAAGCCGUCUUGUUUGUUUCUACCUGUUCGAUACAGACCUGAUGAGGAGCAUCGGGCCGUGGCUCGAUGAAGGGGUCGACAAGGAGGAGGGAGGUGAGGAGAGUGAUACUCAUUGGCGGUGCGUGUGGAAAUUCAUCACUGUAUGUAUGUGCUGAUUGGCUCUGUGUGCUGUGCUGUAUGCAGAGCCGCCCAAGCCGCCACCCAAGAGCACUCCCACGCCCGCAAGAGUGCUGCCCCCCAUCCGCCGCACCAAGGAGGACGACACCGUCAUGUACAAGACAUACCCGGGGGAGCGGAAGACGUGGUGGAAUAUAUAUCGACUGCGGCGCGCGCUUUCGGGGGGGUGUGCCUCUUGCGGGGCCAGGAAGCCCCCCCGGCGUCCGCUCCUUACCAUCGACAUGUCCCAACGAGUCCACACCCCGGACCGAUGCCCCGGCCUGCUGAAGACCCCAUGGUGGGUGAGUGGAGUGGGUCAAGAGAGGUGAGAGAGCCGGACAUCUGUCUGCACACACAAAGAGAGACACAGACUUGGAUGAUGGGCGCACAAAUCUGUCUUAUUUGUUUCUACCUGUUCGAUACAGCCAUCAUCAGCAGCAUCGGGACGUGGCUGGAUGAUGGGCUCGACGACGAGGAGAAAGGUAAAGAGAGUGACACUCACUGACGAUGCGUGUGCAUUUUUAUGUGCCGAUUGGCUGUGUGUGCUGUGCUCUGUCUGCAGAGCCAGCCAAACCCCCACCCAAGAGCACCCCCACGCCCGCCACAGUCGUCCCCCCCCACCGCUCCACCAAGGACGACAACGCCAAGUUGGACCGACGAGUCCACACGACCGAUCGAUGCCCCGACCUGCUCAAGACCCCAUGGUGA